ACAGAACGAUCCAUGCUGUGUCAAUAUAGAGCGGCCCUGUGGUGACAAAACUGUGGACUUUACAGUAGUUGUAAAAUAUCUGAAAACAGAAAAUAUUGGCUCAUUCUCCGUAUUAGCAUUUGGGGUGCAUAUCACACGCUGGUUACUGGUUUACAGUGGGAGCUAGUUUUCACGUGGUAUACCUGGGUUAAUUUUUGAUUUAAUACAUAAAAAUAUUGUGGUUUUGAAAUUGAGAAGUUUAAUAAUGAACUGUGUAUAAUAGUUAACAAAAACUUUUCUUGAAAACAAACUUUUUGUGGAUAAUACUGAAUUUGGAAGGCUUUGUUGGUAUAAAGUGUAUUUUGGAUAAAAUAUCAAGAUGGAAUUAAUUUUACAUUUAAUGUUUUGCGGUGCACUGUGAAAGACGUUUUAUAUGGCUUGGAUUAUAGAAAUUGAAAUUUCAAAAGGAAAAUUUAAUUCCUAGUGUAAACUGUGUAAAUUGAUUCAGUUACAAUAUUUAGUUAACAUCUUCAAGUGUAUCAAUUGAAAAUUAUUUGAAUUUCAAGUUUUAUUUGCGAUUAUUAGAAUACUGAAACACCUUCUCAAGCGAGCUUUGUGAAAGUGAUACAAGUCUUUGUGACUUUGAGACAAGUGGCUGUUUCUAUUUGUUCAAAAUAUUUGGAUUAAAUUCACUUUUGAGCUUACGACGAAGUUACGUUAUAACAGUAUAUUUGCGUACAAGUUAAGGAUAUUUACGCAUCAGCCAUUGUAACAUGUGAGAGAGCUGCCCACCCAUGUAUUAUGUGAAGCCUGACACUCUCCUAACAACAAUCUGCAGAGAGUGACAUGGACGAGGGUGGUACGGGCGGCCUGACAAUCAAUGAUCGAUUACGACAGGCUGCUGGUAAAGGACUUGGAGAGGAGGUAGCCCAGUGUCUUCAGGCCGGGGCUACUUUUGAUGCCGACCAGGAUGGAAGGACGGCUUUACACUAUGCAGCGUUGAACGGUUACCCAGAUGUGGCGAGGUUUCUUGUGGAGAAAGGAUGUGACAUUGACAUACAGGAUGAUAGCGGUUACACUGCCCUACACCGGGCGGCGUCUCAAGGUCAUCUGGAGGUGAUCACCACCCUGUUGGAGGCCGGAUGUGAUCCCAACACCCAGGAUGAGCACGGGAAUGCAGCUAUCCACGAGGCUGCCUGGAAUGGAUACAGUAAAACCCUCGAACUUCUUGUUAAGUUUGAUGCCAAUGUUUCCAUUGUUAACAAGGCUGGGUUUACUGCUUUACACCUAUCGGCACAGAACGGACACAACGAGAGUUCCCGGGUUCUGCUGUACGCAGGCUGUAACAGUGACUUGAAAAACAAUUAUGGAGACACGACCAUACACACGGGGGCGAGGUACGGUCAUGCUGGCGUUACCCGGAUACUCAUCAGUGCCAGGGCAAAACUGAACGAACAAAACAAGAAUGGUGACACAGCCUUACACAUAGCGGCAGCCCUCAAGCGUAGAAAGAUCGCUAAGUUACUGGUGGAUUCUGGGGUGGAUGUCUUCAUGAAGAACAAGCAAAAUGAGACUGCCAUAGAUGUUGCAAGGCGGAAAGACCACGUGGAAAUAAUCUCCAUUAUCCAGGCCUAUAGCAGGCCAGUAAAACCUAUUCCCAAGGAGGUCAACUUCAAGCUUGACCAUCAUGAACCAGAAGGGCCGAUAGUUGUCCCUGACAACAGAAACAUUCCUGAGAAACAGGAGAAGGGAAAGUCAAGGUUCCUGUUCUUCAAGAAAAAGAAGUCUAAGGACAAAGACAAGACACCCCAAGGUCGGAGCGUGUCCCCCCAGGGUCGUGUGCCAGUGGGUGGGGACCUGAGGGCCGCUGGGCAGACGCCGGUCCAGGGGUUCUUCAGUAAAUACGUGCCUCGGGAGGGUGUCCAGUACUACAGGGAUCUGGCUGGGAAUGUCAAACAGGGACCUGUAGGCUAUUCCCCAACUUGCAACUGUCACCCUGCCAUAAACCAGCUUCAGAAAGAGAUACAUGAUACCCAGGACCAUGUUUAUGGACGGAUACACAACAAUAACCGUGUGUUGAAUGAUCGUAUAGACCAGGUCGACCAUCGCUCAUCCAUGCGGGUUCAGGCUUUGGAGAAAUAUACUCAUGACCAAUUUCAUGAGGAAAAAAAUAGGUGUCGACAGAGAAUCGAUCAUCGACUGGAUGAGUAUGGUGAUGCUGGGCAGGACCAUAUGAAAUCACAAAUUCAAAACUGGCUGGAACAGAAAUUGGAAGGUUACGGACAUUGUUUACAUCAUCACCAUGACGAUUCUGCAUUGCCAAAUGACAAUAUAUUUACUGAAGUGCAUGAGACUGCUAAUGGUCGGUUGUUCAAAUCUCGAUCAGAUGAGACGUUAUCUCAGUCUGAUAACCACAGUGGAAAGUUCAGAAAGCGCAACUUUUAUGAAUCUCGACAACAGGCGAUGCAGCAGAUUCGGGCUUGGCAGGUUCCAAGCUAUAGCAAAGACAAGUAUCGUGUAAAAAUUAGUGCAAAACAGACUGCUAAUGCCACUGGGAAAAGAUCUCAAAGCCAACAUAAUGUGAAUAACACUGACAUUGAGCCAGCUAGGCAGUAUCCCAUAGAACCCAAAGUUGAGGUUCGGACUUAUGCCAGUAAAAAUCUUCCAAAUACUAUAGGACGUAAUAUGGCAAGGACGGAGGAUCAUGGUGACUAUAUGGCAAUGACUGGUUCCCCACAACCAGUCCAGAGGGCCCCAUCACGACCUCAACCGCAGGUGUACCAGUCUACCAGACAACAGGGAACCAGCUCUAGGGGCCCAGUGACACACAGUACACCAAAGUCCAGAGAGUCUAGUCCUUAUACUACACAUACCAACAUUGUGCGUAGUCAUACUGAUGGCUACUUGGCUCAAGGAUCUCCAAGGCAACUAACAUUCCAGGAUAUAUCACAUUCCACACAGGAGUCUACCUUACACUCGAGCUCAGGAGGGCAGGGUGUUAUGACUUACACUAAAGCUGAAAGCUUUGGUGACGUAAAAAGUGCAAGAAGUGAUUUACAGCUCAGUAAAGCUAGUAGUGCAAGUCCAACAAAAUCCACUACAAGUGCCACUUUGUUCAGCUCUGGAUAUAGGAACUCUACAAGCAGUGAUAAGUUGAUGCCUGAAAAUCCAAAGCCGACGUUCACCACAUUUGGCUAUGACGAGACUAUGAGAAGUUCAGCUCAACCUAACAAUCAAGAAGACCAGAUUGACAUGUCUGGGCAGGGUGUAAGUGUUGGCACUCCUCGAUCAGCUUCUAGUCAUUCCAGUCGAGCUGAAGAACAGAUGAAUAAAACUCAAAUAUCUGGAAAUAGCAUGUAUUCCCGACAGAUUUCUCAGUCAUCUCAUGGUUUUUCUCCAUCGCAUCAUGAUGAUAUGUAUGUGGAAAUGAAGAACUUUACUCCAGCAAAACUUCACCAGAGGGCUAGAUCCUCUGACGGUCUGCUAGAAACUGACGUUGAUCAUGUGCAUUCCUCACAAAAUAUGGCACAGAGCUUCAAUACCCAUGAUGCCACACAGCUCUCUGUGACAGCGCGAUCAUCAUCGGAAACUCGUAAUAUCUUGAGAGCUAUGUCACCUACACCUGCUCCUCAGCAACCAUCUAGAAAUAUAACUCAAAGUCCUGCAAACACCUGUAAUAAGACCAUCUCCCAUCCAAAGUUAAGCAGCACACCAACAGCAAUUCCAAACAGUUUCACAAGACCUGCUGAGAGGUCUGUAGAGAGACCAAUUCCUCCACCAAAGCCAAGUGUUCACACUGUCCCCAACAAGCUAUUUGGUGCCAAUACUGCUGAUAGACAUUACGCUGGGAAUAUCAACUUUAAAUCCACUUUGCCUCGACCUGAGAACCCUUACACUACUGUUAAACAGGCUCAGUUUCAGAGGGACCUAAAUCAGAACUAUGCAGUAAUGCCUGAGGUUCAUCCAGUGCCAACAAAUUACUACUCGCAAGGAUUAACAAAUGGGACUAACGGUGUUCCAGCUCAGAACCAACUUGAACCAAGGUCUAAGUUUGCUAUCCAGACAUAUCUAACCGAGACUCCCCCAUUUGACAGCCAGAUACAGCGAGAAAACUCCCCCAACAUCUGUAACAACAGCAAAGAGGAUUCCAGCAGUAACCCAGACUCGGGCUACAGCAGCAAGAUCUAUGGAAACCGUGCUUCCUCCGUCCAGCCACCGAGUUGUGGAAGCACACCGUCAUCAUCGUUCAGUACUGAUCGUGGGUUGACGAGUAACACUAACUCACCCCAAAGCCAGUAUUCUAGUACAGACUAUGAGUAUUUGCCAAAGAGACAGUAUGAUAAUGAAGUACAUACCCCAAUGAAUAACUGGUACCACAGACAAAUCCAGGAAACUACACAAAAAGUGUACGACAGUUGGAGAAAUGAUCGGUCUCCUAGAAUUCCACCUCAGCAGCAGCAACAGCAGAGACUUCCUGCGAGUUAUUAUGGGAAUGGAGAUUAUGUGUCUGCCAAUCAGAUUCAAGCAUCCCGAGCCAACCAAUCAGGAUACACGCUUUCUGGCCAACAGAAUCAUUUGGUGUCAACAUAUGUAAUGCAUGGAAGUGAUGUGUAAAUUUCAUGUUAUAUGUGGUCCUUUCCGUGGUUACUUUUUCGAAAGUGGUUAAGGUACAUUGGACACGAAUUCAGAGAACAAUUCUAGUCAAAGAUAUUAUUUGUAUUCCUUCUCCAAAUGUGCCCUCUUCAGUUUUUGUUUUCGAUAUUGAAGGGAAGCAACUCUCUUUGGAUGGAUAAAGGAAAUUAAUGAUUUGUAUAGAAAUCAGUGAACAAAUAUUUCUGAUUUUAAUUAUUUUUCUACGUACAUGCAUGUGUUCAAUAAUCAAUUGAUUCAAAUUUUUGCAAAUGAAAUGUGCUAUUCUAUAGUUAUUGUUUGUGUUUAAUAAUCUGUAAAAUGAAAAUAAAGUUUAUAAAUGUACAUUCAAAAUGUAAAUGAGAAGUUGUAAAAAUGGCAGUUUGUACAUAUAUCUAUUAUUUAUUUUUUGAUACAUGCCCUUUUCAUUUUUAUAGAAUAAUGUAAAAUAGUAUACAGUAUAAAAAGAUAAUUAAAAAAAUAUA